AUGCUGCCGUACAACGAGAGCUUUGUCCAUGUGCAAUGGCGCCCGCAGAGUUGGAUGCAGGACAUGCGCUCGUACAUUGAACACCUUGCCAUCACGCAGGUUUUCCUUGUCGGCUCCCACAAUGCCGCCACGUACGGCAUCCGUGAGAACUCCCCCUUCGGCGGCGACGCGCCGGGGCUGCUGCGCAAGCGCACGGGGUUCGCAGCGAUGGUGCACCUCAUGGGGGGCGGCGUGUCCGCACGUUGGGCGAAGUGCCAGGCGUUGCCAGUGCGCGCGCAGUUGGACGCCGGCGUGCGCUACUUAGACCUGCGCGUCGUGCCGAACCCGCACGACGGCGGCAGGCUCUACACGACGCACAGUCAGAUCUCCGUCCCGCUGAGUGACGUCAUAGAGGACGUGCGGGCGUUCCUUAGCGACGACAUGUCGGCGAGCGAGUUCCUCGUGUUGGACUUUCAGCAUCUUUUUGAGAUGAACGACGUGUCGACGCAGCACCGCUUCGUCCGCGAACUGGACGUGAUCUUGCGUCACUUCAUCCCGGCAGAUGUGCCCCUGACGACGCCCUUGUCAGCUCUUUGGCAGGCGUCACGCGAGCAGCGUGUGUUCCUCCUCGUUGAGGCUUUGGGCGUGCCGUGUGCCGCCGCGCGCCUGCGCUCGGAGGCUCUCGUGUCGCUGUGGGUUGAUCAGAAGUCGCUUCGGAAGCUGCUGCGCUCGCUCAACGAUAUGCUUCUCGGCGACCUCCAGGUGCCCUCCGAGGGCAGUGUGCCGACGAAGCUUUACGUCACACAGGCUGUUCUGACGCCAGACAUGAGUAAUAUUUGCUUCGGACCACUGAAUCCUGUCUCCACGAAGUCCGCAUCGAGCAUCCGCGAGAUGGCAGUGAGAGUAAACUCACCGCUGCUUGAGUGGUUUUGCACGCUUAAUGCGCACUCACAAUUGGACGGGGAGACGGUGACAGUACCACCAGCGAUUAAUACACACGGAAACAUACUCAUGGUGGACUUUGUGGAAUUGGGGCUCUGUAGGGUGAUGGGAGAGACGAGGGAACUGAAUGCUGUUGGAAUGUGUAUUUACCUUACCAUGUUGCGUGCUUCACGCCAAGAGGCCGCAGCUCCGAACUCGGAUGGCUGA